ACCGCUACCCACCGCAUCACACCUGGUAAUGGUUGAUCUUCUGGUAACAAUCUCAAGAAAAAAUGGACUUAUAUACGCGAUUAUUAUAGAAAAAAAAAACCAGCAGAGAAUAAAUAACACACCAUCAGGAUCUGGAGCAAAGGCUGUGAAAAAGGCAUAUGCAUAUGCAUCCUUCCUUGAGUUUUUGAAUCCUACCCUCCAACGAAGGCAGACACAAGGGAACUAUACUGAUAAUGACGACAAUAAUUUAGAUACACAGCAAACGAACAACGAGCCCGACGACUUGGAAACAAGUUCAUUAUAUCAAAGUCCAAACCCGGAGGCUUCUCUGCAGCAUGAUGAGAAUAUAAUUUUGAAUGCAGAAGCCACCAAAAAAUCUACAAAAAAGGAUAUACCUCAGCAAAUUCUUAAUAUUCUAGAACGACGUGUACCACAGCCACCUGCCACAAAAGCUCCUAUAGAAAACGACGAUAUAAAAUUUUUAUUAAGCUUUCGUGGAUAUAUGUCAAAAAUGUCGCCAAAUCAGAAAUUCGAUUUUAAGAUUGAAAUGCUGCAAUUAGUCAAACGAAUCAGUAAUAGUGAAUCUUCAUAUUCUCGCCCUUCCUCAUCAUGUAGUAAUUCUAACCCUAGCCUGUCCUAUAUCUCUAUCCCUUCACCAUCCCCCGCUAAUUACUCUCAAGCUCCGUCUCCGUUAUUAGUACGAAGAAUUCAAGAUCAUCGCGAAUCUCCAUAUUCUCGGGCUACCACACAAUUUCGAAAUUUAAAUCCCGACACUUCGACUUCGACAUCCUUCAACAGCUUUCAAGUUCCUCCGUCGUCUCCAAUACGUCAAUACGAUAUAUUAAGGCCGGUCACAUACAUUCGGAAUUCCGUUUCGGAAUUUCGAUUCGAAAUACUGUUUCGGGAUUCCGUUAAUAUAUCACACACAUACGUUUGUUUCCGUUCGGAAUAA